GUUGCCCCAACGACAACAACACUGUCAUUUACCACCACCACAGCUGCCCCAACGACAACAACAGUGUCAUCCAUAACCACCACAGCUGCCCCAAAGACAACUAAAAUGUCACCCACCACCACAGCUGCCCCAACGACAAUGUCACCCACCACCACAACAGCUGCUCCAACUACCACCACAGCUGCCUCAACGACAACAAUGUCACCCACCACCACCACAGCUGCCCCAACGACAACGACAUUGUCACCCACCACCAUCACAGUUGCCCCAACGACCACUGCUCCAACUACCACCACAGCUGCCUCAACGACAACAAUGUCACCCACCACCACCACCACAGCUGCCCCAACGACAACAACAGUGUCAUCCACCACCACCACAGCUGCACCAACGACAACGACAAUGUCACCCACCACCACAGCUGCACCAACGACAAUGUCAUCCACUACCAGCACAGUUAAACAAACGACAACGACAGUAUCACCAACCACCACCACAGUUGCCCCAACAACAAAAACAGUGUCAUCCACUACCAUAACAGCUGCCCCAACGACAACGACAAUGUCACCCACCACCACCACAGCUGCUCCAACUACCACCACAGCUGCCUCAACGACAACAAUUUGCCCCAACGACAACAACACUGUCAUUUACCACCACCACAGCUGCCCCAAUGACAACGACAAAGUCACCCAUCACCACCACAGCUGUCCCAACCACAACAACAUUAAACAAAUGACAACGACAGUGUCACCAACCACCACCACAGUUGCCCCAACAACAAAGUCACCCACCACCACCACAGCUGCUCCAACUACCACCACAGCUGCCUCAACAACAACAAUGUCACCCACCACCACCACCACAGCUGCUCCAACGACAACAACAGUGUCAUCCACCACCACCACAGCUGCACCAACGACAACGACAAUGUCACCCACCACCACAGCUGCCCCAACGACAAUGUCAUCCACUACCACCACAGUUAAACAAACGACAACGACAGUGUCACCAACCACCAGCACAGUUGCCCCAACGACAACAACAGUGUCAUCCACCACCACCACAGCUGCCCCAACGACAACAACAAUGUCACCCACUACCACCACAGUUGCCCCAAUGACAACAACAGUGUCAUCCACCACCACCACAGCUGCCCCAACGACAAUGUCACCCACCACCACAGCUGCCCCAACGACAGUGUCACCCACCACCACCACAGCUGCUCCAACUACCACCACAGCUGCCUCAACGACAACAGUGUCACCCACCACCACCACAGCUGCCUCAACGACAACGACAUUGUCAUCCACCACCACCACAGUUGCCCCAACGACAACAACACUGUCAUUUACCACCACUACAGCUGCCCCAAUGACAACGACAAAGUCACCCACCACCACCACAGCUGCCCCAACGACAAUCUGCACCAACGACAACGACAAUGUCACCCACCACCACAGCUGCACCAACGACAAUGUCAUCCACUACCACCACAGUUAA